AUGGGGUGGCACUCAGCAAGGCCUGCCAAGGUGCCCAGCCGCCUAUUCGACGUCAGCAAGGCUAUUGUCCUCCUCGCCCUGACCCAAAGGUUCUCACCCACCUCCAUCAAAGUGCAGCAGCUCGAACAGUCGUCUGGUGCCGAUCGCAGCCGCGGUGCCGUCAACACCAUCUCAACCUGGGCGAGGCAAGUCAGCAAAAAGCGCGCGAACAAGGACCAGUCCGUGCUCGAGCUCCUCGACAAUGCGGCGAGAGCCGCUCCCGCCACGAAGCAGACGCUGCUCGAACACUUCGGCAUGGGAGGAACGAACCCGGCGUCCGUGUGCAAGGAGCUUAGCAUCCUGCUCACGGCGUUGAUCAAGGAGCUACGCGGCGAGGCGGGAAGGGAUUCUCCUUCCCCCUUUACUUCAUCGGCGACCAGUGGCGACAAAGGCGGCAUGGCUACCACUGGCGCCGCCAUCGCCCCAGACGACGUCGCCCCGCGCCGCAGACUGCCGGCCUCAACGGAUAGCGCAGUGACGGGGGUGGCCACAGCAGUCAAGGCUUCGCUCGAGGGGGUGAAUGCUAAACCGGCGAUAGCGAUCGUGGCCACGGCUACGGCGGACGAAAGUAAGCGAGAGGUCCCUGCUCCGUCUGCUACCGCAGUCGCAGCCGAGGUCGAUGCGACGGCAGGCAACAUGGUCGGGCCGGGCAAACCAUCAGCAUCCUCACACAAGGAGGAGAACAUCGACAGUGCCGCUGCUACGCCCGGUAUGGUAAGGCCUGCUUCUCUCGAGACCGGCACUCCUGCACCUGGAGUCAAGUCAGUUUCCGCCGCCCCCGCCGACAUGGCGGCGUCGUGUCCAGGCGGUCCCAGCAGCAGCAGGAAGUUCUCUGCUCUCAAGGUGGGCAAGGGAGAGGGGGACUGGGGAGAUGGUCGAGGUGGUGGACACCUCGUGAAGGAAGGCCAUGUGGUGGGAACUAGGGAUGGUCGCAGCUCUAAGGUUCGUCAGGGCAGCACCCGCCAGAAACCGGUCGUUGCCAAUGCCGGUCGACCAAGUGCGCAGGCAAGCGCCAACGCCGCGGCAAGAGCACGAUCGCGGGGCUUAGCCUUCAUCGCUCAUCCGGCUGGGACGCCGUUCAGCAGCGGUGCUGGUGAACGAGGAGUUCCGCGUGACGGUCAAGUUGAGGCGGCGGCAGCGAACCGGGCACAAGGGGAUGCAAGGGGAGGAGGCCCUCGUAAGCAAGCCUGCGAGCUAUCGCGGUCUGAUCGCGAUGGCGCUGUCGCGGCGGCGACGGCGGUAGCGGCAGCAACAGCGGCAGCGAAACUCGCAGCAGCUGCAGGGGGUAACUUUGCCCAGGAGAAGCGUGGUGACAACGAUGGCGUCCAUGAUGACGAGAGUGCUGGAGGCAACUACCGCCACAGAACGCGCCCAAUGGUAAUGCAGCUGCCCCGACCCACUCACCGUCCACUUCGCGAACGAUCCCAGCAAGACUCUCCUAACACGAACACCUCUGCCGAGCUGAGGCGGACCAAGGGCCUCCUCAGCAAGGCCCUGAGCGACCAGGAGAGGCUAGCCGCGGCCCUUGUUCAGCAACGGAAGCUGCAUCAAAAAGACGUCGAGCGGCACGCGGCCGAGCUGCGAGAGAUGCGCAAGAAGAACCUUGUCUUGGACGGACAGCGAAGUCGCCUGGAGGCCCUUCUGCUGCAGGCUAACCGUAAUAUGGCCGAGCUUCAAGGGCAGAAGCCCGAGACGGAAUCAUAUCAGGACGACGAGUCUGCGCACACGAGCGUUCCCUCCGGCUGUUCACGUCCCCAGGAGGGCGAAAACAAUAGCGGCGGAGGAGGGGGCGGCGAUGACGACUAUCACUACGAGCCCUCCAAGCACAUCUCAGCAGGGCUGCCCUCACCUGGCUCCUACGCCGGCUCUGACACGUCCGACGGCAGCGGAGGGGAGGGCACGCGCGGCAGCGACGGCCACGAGCCUGACGGCCACGACCGCUUCGAGGAGCCCUGCCCAGACACCGCUUCAACCUGCCCCUCUCUCGAGUCUGGUUCGUGCUCUGGCUCCGACACGUCUGACGGGAGCGAGGAGGGGAGCACGCACGAUGAUGACGACGAUGACGAAGGCAAUGAUGACGGCGAAGACGGCGAGGACAACCGCGGCGAAAAGCUUUCAACAGUUGUCUCUUCAGGCUUCCCCUCACUCGACGACGGGACUGGGGAGGGAAGCUCUCAAGACGAUGGCGAUGGCGACGACGACGCCGACGAUGACCACAGCGACAGCGGCAAGCUUUCCACGAUCGUCUCUUCAGGUUGCCCCUCCCUCGCCAGUGAUGGGUCUUACGAUGGCUCUUUGACGUAUGACGAGAACGGCUCCGGCGGCAACUCCGGCGAUAGCUUUGUUGGAUCCGCCGCUACCUCCUCCCUUCUACCGCCGCCGUCACAGCAGAAGCAGACGCAGAAGCAGAAGCAGCAGCAGCAGCAGAAGCAGCAGCAGAAGCAGCAGAAGCAGCAGAAGCAGCAGAAGCAUCAGCAUUCUCCGCCGCCGCCGCCGCCGCCGCCCCCGCCGCCACCAUCGCAGCAGAAGCAACAGCACCAGCGGGGUGCGAUCGGUAUUGAGUGCAAAGGCGUUAGACCCGCCCUCUCUUCGAGGGCCGAAGCACUCCUGACGUAUGCCCGCCGAAAGACUCUCGACAGGUUCAACGGUGUCGGGUUCCUGGCGUCGCUACUCCCACUGAGCGGCAGCGACGGAGGAAGCGGAGGCACACGCGGCGACAGUGCUGCUGGGGUGGUAGCAACCGAGAAGGGAGUGAAGCUAGGCGAAGGAGGAGGCGGAGAAGUCUUCGAUCUGAAGAUCGCCGAUGAACAGCUUCAGGGCCAAUUUGCCGCAGCCGGCGUGGGACGAGGACUUGUCUUGAAGACGCUCAAGAAGCCAAAGAAAGGGAAGAGGGACACGGGAAUAAGAGAGAUCAGGAUGCUGGCGAGCUUCAUGCCCACCUGCCACCCCAACAUCACGAACGUGUUCGCGACAAAUAUUGCAACGCGGAGCAUCGUUAUGGAAAAGAUGCAUAUGGACCUGGAGCAUCUGCUCAACCACCCAAGGGAAGGUCUCGACCGGGUAUCACAAGAUCAGAUGGUCCGGCUGAUCUACGGCGCGGCGCUAGGUUUGAACUUCAUGCACGAGAUGGGCUUUGCGCACGGAGACGUAAAACCUGCGAACAUGCUCGUGUCCAACGACCUUAGAGAGUGCAAGAUAUCCGACUUUGGGAGUGUCGGAAGGCUUGGUGUGGCGGAUGUGGGAGACGUGACGCUGCCGUUCACGCCUCCCGAGGCCAUGGGCGUUGCCAAAGGCUGGAAAGUUCCGCUGAAGGCCUCGAUGGACGUGUGGUCUUUCGGGAUGGUCGUCUUGCAGGCGACGUCAAGGGUAAGGCGUCUGCCCACAGACCACGAAGUGCUAGGUGAUCACAUUCACAGCAUCUUGCCCACUGAGCGCCAAUCCUGGAUCGCCCAGGCCCAUGAAGCGAUGAUGGUUGCCAACGCCAACUUUUAUUACAUCGCCUGCGGGCGGAGCAAGCGCACGCAGAUAAAGGCGUCGUCGGAUAUCAUUCGGCUGAGGGAGGUGUAUUUCGGCACGUAUGCCAAGACGAAAACGCUGGACGACUUCAUCCUGUCCCGGAGAGUGUGGCCAGACCAGCGGGUUUUCCGGCACCUGCCCGAAGUGCGGAAGGUGCUGGGCGCGAUGCUGGCUGUAGACCCUCGGGAGAGGAUCAACAUGAAACUUGUGGCGCUCUUCCUCAGGCACCCCGGGCUGUGGUCCCGCACAACAACCGGGCUUCGAGCAGCGGCUUCUGCCGACGCGCCAGGACUGCCCGGGGCGCCGACGGCAGCAACACCAUCGCCGUCCCCCGGUGACGGUAGCGGCAAGACGAGCCUCGAUCUCAAGCCCCUUCCCGAGACCGCCCACACGCUGCUCUCCGUCCUCGAUGAGGCCGCUAACCACGACAUGGUUUUCACGGCGGACGGACAGGUCGUGCCCGGCGACCGCGCUGAAGUACCAUCCUGGUUGGAGGUAGAGAUGGCGAGGAAAGACGGUGCGUGGUGGCAGAAUGUGCCCAUCCCUACGGCGUUGGUGCGCAAGGGUCCACGGCGACCGUUCAGGGUUUAG